AUGAUAUGGACCAAGACCUUCAACGGUCGAUUGUACCUAUCUCCUCUGCCAGCAGACAUGACCGAUGCGCUAGACAUCGGCGCAGGCACCGGUGCCUGGGCUAUUGAGUUCGCACUCGCACACCCCAAAACAAACAUCAUCGGCACGGACCUCAGCCCCAUUCAACCAGAGUACGUGCCAGUCAACUGUUCAUGGCUCGUCGACGACGCGAAUCAGCCCUGGCCAUCAGACUUCACCGGCAAGUUCGACUUCAUCCACACGAGAUCCCUCGGCAUGGGUGUGGCAGACUGGGGCCGCCUCGUAGAGCAGGCCUACAAGGCUCUCAAGCCGGGUGGCUGGAUCGAGCUGCAGGAGUUCUGCCUCCCCCUCGGCUGCGAUGACGGCAGCGCGACUGGUCUUCCCAUGGAGGAGUGGGGCUUCAAGAUGAAGUCGUCUGCCGCACUUAUCGGCAUCGACGUCUCUGCCAGUGCAAAGAAUGCCGAGCGCCUUCAUGACGCCGGUUUCAAGCAUGUGCGCGAACUCAAGCUGAAGAGUCCGAUUGGGCCGUGGGCUAAGGGCGCGAUAGCGAAGGAGGUAGGCGUCAUGGGCUUGAGAGACAUGCAUGAGAUAUUAGAAGGCGCCAGCACAAAGCUAUUUGCCAUGCUGGGAAUGAGUGAUGCCGAGAUAGCUGAGUUUUGCGAGGCUGCGAGAAAAGACGCGUUCAAUCCAAAGGUCCACAUGUACAUGCCACUGCUUGUCGUAUGGGGACAGAAACCAAAGGACGCAAAGACUGACGCUAAGCCUCGAAGUGCUGGAGAGAAGCAAUCAGACUCGAACGCAUCGCCAGAGAAAAUGGCGACAACUUAG